AUGCACCUCGACACGGCAACCCUGGCCCAGGCCUGCAGCGGCCAACAGUUUCUCGGGAUCACUGUGGUAUUCGCAAUCGUCGCGAGCAUCUUAUUUCCACGUCUGUUUCAGAGGCAGAAGGGAGACGACAGCCAAGAUGGCCUCUUCACGGCCAAUAAGCGCUUCUCCUGGGAGCCGUCCUACUUUUCCCGGGUCCGCUGGAUCACCAAUGCGCAGGAGAUCAUCACCGCAGCCGACGAAAAGGCCCAAGGCCGCCCGUACCGUCUGGCCCGCGGCGACACGGAGCAAAUCAUCCUCCCGCCGACCCUCAUCCCGGAGCUCAACCGGCUCGGCGCCGACGUGCUCAACAGCCGCGAGUCGCAUGCCUUCGGGCUGCUAGGCCACCUGACGGGGAUGGGGGUGGUGCGCAAGACGAGCUUCCACGUGCGCGUGCUGCUGUCGUACAUCAGCCCGGCACUGCCCGCGCUGUUUGCCCUGACGGGGGCGCGCAUUGCGGCGGCGAUUGGGGAGGAGUUUCCUCAGCGCGUGGGGGAGUGGGUGGUGAUGAAGCCGAGUAAGGCGGUGGUGCGCUGCGUGAUGUUCCAGGUCUGCUUUGCCAUGCGUUGUGUGCCGGCCUGUUUGCAGCCGGUGCUAGUGUGGCUUCUUCCGCCGAAAUGGAAGUUGCUCAGGGGCUGGAGAAAACUGACGAGCUACGUCGUGCCCAGGGUGCAGCAGCUCAAGGAAGAGUUCACCAAGAACGGCCCUGACAGGAAGGUGAACCCGGAUGUGCUCUCGUGGAUGGUGGAAGCCGGUCGGAGCGAGCUGGAGCGUGACCCCAACGUGCUGACGGCUCUUGUCGGGUCCAUCGCGGCCGGUUCUACAUACAGCAUUGCCAACUUCUGCUGCCGCACCAUCAUGGACAUGGUGGCACACCCCGACGUGCUCGAGGCCGUCCGCGCCGAGAUCCGGGAGAAGCACGUUCAGGUCCGUGGCCGUUGGGACAUGGCGGCCUUGGCCAGCCUAGAAAAGCUGGAAUCGGCCAUGAAGGAGUCGGCCCGGCUGACUCCGGGUACCCUACUCGUAUACAGCCGCGUUGUCAAGAAGGAUCAUGUGCUCUCCAAUGGCCUGGCGCUGAAGAAGGGUCAGUUUGUCACCAUGUCGGGCGCCACGCGAACGAUGAACCCCGAGUAUUUCGAGGACCCUCGGGAGUACCACGGCCUGCGUUUCUGUGCCGAGGACAAAAUUGAAGAGCACCGCGCCCGGCCUUUCAAGGAUAUCGACACCGACAUCCUCACCUGGGGAGCAGGGCGGUGGGCUUGCCCCGGCCGCUUGAUCUCUGACCUAGCUGCCAAGAUCUUGCUCGUCAAGUUGCUGGAUGAGUACGAUUUUGGGUUUGUCGGGAACAAGCCCCUGGCGCGCCACUCUAUGCACGAGUUUCUCUUCUUUCACCCCGAAAAUCAGAUGCUCGUCAGGCGCAGGGAGAAUUCCCGCGGAAUCGUUUUUGUUUAA